UCCACAUGGAAUCAAUACAAUGUAUAACCUAGCUUAAAGCAAGAUGUAAAAGAACACGUUUUUUGUUCACCAUUGUCUAUAUAUAGUCAUUUCUUCAACCAAAAUUCCUCAGAACUAAGUCUUACCAACUCAUCAAGUACGUUUCAGAUACCUCACCUCUUAAAUAUCUAAGAUAUUAUAUCUAGCAUAUUUUUCAGUUCAGCAAUGGCAUUGGUCUCAAGAAUGGGAAUUGAGUAUCCGGUUGUGAUCUUCAGUAAAAGCUCGUGCUCAAUGUCCCAUUCCAUCAAGACACUUAUAAGCAGCUUUGGUGCUAAUCCAAUUGUCUAUGAGAUCGACGAACAUCCAAAUGGUCAGCAAAUGGAGAAGGAACUGAAGGCCUUAGGACGGAAGCCUAAUGUACCAGCGGUGUUCAUAGGCCAGGAGCUUAUAGGCGGAGCAAACGAGGUGUUUAGCCUCCACUUGAAGGGCAAGCUGGUUCCACUUCUCAAAAGUGCUAAUGCUAUAUGGGUAUAACUGAACUAGGCAAUUGGCAGAUAUAACUCAGUUCAGUAGGAAACUUUGUGGCUUUCACUGAUCUACAGGAAGAAUAGCUCCUGCAUGCAUGUACUUGUACUUAUUAUAUAUUCAAGUGCUAAUGCUAUUGUCUUUUACCAAAUAUUAUGGUGAAUCCUAAUAUG